AUGGCUCCUAAGAUUCUAUUUGUCCUGACCAGCUGUGGCGAGAUGAGCAAUGGUAAGCCCACCGGGUGGUACUUGCCUGAGUUUGCCCGGCCCUACUACCACCUAGUCGGUGAUGAUGAGGCCAAUCCGAAAGCUGAAAUCGUCGUAGCUUCUCCUGCAGGGAGGGUGGCGCCUAUUGAUCAAGGCUCCGUCAAGAACUUCCAGAGCGACCCCAUCUCAGUCAAGUUCUUUGACUCCAAGAAGAAGCUUUGGGAGCAAACAAAGCCCCUGAAAGAUCUCCUUGGGAGGGCAUCAGAAUUCGACGCUAUCUUUUACCCUGGUGGCCACGGACCCAUGUUUGACCUGGUCACGGACCAGAACUCUCUCAAGCUAAUUGAGGAGUUUUACAAGGCCGGUAAAGCUGUUGCGGCCGUCUGCCACGGCCCUAUUGUGUUCGUCAAUGUUACUGUGGACGGCAAGCCGCUUCUUGAAGGCCGUAGGACAACCGGAUUCAGUAACGCAGAAGAAGAUGCUGUUGGUCUGACUGAGGCUAUGCCUGUCCUGCUCGAGGAUGAGGUCAAGCGUGUCGGUGGUAAUUAUGUCAAGGCCGACCAACUCUGGAAGGACAUGGUGGUUGUGGAUGGGCAGAUUAUCACCGGCCAGAACCCAGCAUCUGCCCAGGGAGUCGGCAUUGCGUUGGCCACCGCCGUCGGUUAG